AUGCCCUAUCCCACAUCCAUAUACACACACGGGGAUGCGGCUCAAACCAACUCACGUCUACACAUGCCAACGCUACAACAAACACCCCAGUAUAUAAGCGGCAAAGCAGCUGUAUCAUAUACCAUCCUGCCCCGGCACCGGUCCCGCGUUGCAGUCGAUAUCGCCGUCGCCGUCGCCAUCACCGUACGCAUCGCCGUCGCCAUCGCCAUUACCCUUGCCGCUCCUGCGACCGCUCCUUAUACUAUACAGACGUUACGCUACGGCACACCCCCACGUACAUACGCCAACAAGAACAAGACUUUUCCCUACAGCGUCACGCUCACCCCAGGGCCUGAAGAUCAGUCCACCAAAAAAACACAAAAAGGCGCGAAGCCUACCAUGUACAUACAACAUACGCAUACAUGUACCUAUACGGCGCCUAACAAGUUCCACCACCCACCACCCCCAAACUGCAACGACGAUCAUGAUCGGCCCCGCCAUCGGGGCAGUUUCCGCAGCUGUACCAAACUUCCCACGCCGGCGUUCCGGACAUCUUGCGCAUGCCGUGCCGCCCAUUUCGCACGUGAGCCGGAACGUAACUGGGUACUGUACCUAGGAGGGGAAAGUACUGUAGAUAUCGAGCAAAGUUUACCCUUGGGGAGGAAGUGA